AGCCUAUUAAUUCCUCUCUCUUUCUCUUUAUCUCUAUCUUUCUAUCUAUAAUAAUUCUUUGUCUCUUAGGAUUACUUGCAUGAAACUUCUAAAGCAUUAUUCACUGUCAAGCCUCACAUGUUAAUUCAUAUAUGCAUGCUUGUUCCAGGUGUUUCUGCUGCUUCCACUUUCAUCAAUUGGUAGAAAGUUACUGCUUCUGCUUCCUAUGUCAUUAAUAGUAUAUAUGCUUUGAACUGUUUGAGGACCCAUCUUUUUAUACAUAUAAGGUCAUUGUGUGAAGUUAUAUUCAGAUGAAUGAAGGAGUCAGAAUCACAGCACUUGUCAAAUGAAAGUUGAGAAUUGAAUCAGUGCAGGCUUUGUGCUACAAGUUUUUCUUGACCAUUGCCAUGUGUGUGUAGAUAAAAAACAAAUAGAAAAAAUGAAGUUCAUGAAACUUGGGACAAGGCCAGAUACUUUCUACACUGAACAAGCUACCAGGACUUUGGUUUCAAAUAUAGCUGUAGACCUUGUGAUAAAAAUCAAUGAUAUUACUUAUUUGCUACACAAGCUGCAGGCUCCGCUUCUUCCGAAAUGUGGUCUUCUGCAACAACUUUGCAGUGACUUCAGUGAUCCUGAGCCUGUUUCUCUAGAGCUUCAUGAUAUACCCGGAGGCGAAAAUGCUUUUGAACUCUGUGCCAAGUUCUGUUAUGGCAUGUCAAUCAAUAUUAGUGCUCAUAACAUUGUGCCAGCAUUCUGUGCAGCUAAGUUCCUCCAAAUGAACGAAUCGAUCGAGAAGGGUAACUUUGUAGGGAAGCUUGAGGCUUUCUUCAAUUCUUGUAUUCUUGAAGGUUGGAAGGAUUCCAUUGUAGCAAUUCAGGCCACUGAUAAGUUACCACUUUGGUCAGAGAAUCUUGGAAUAAUAAGAAAGUGCAUUGAUUCAAUUAUUGAGAAAAUUCUCACACCCUCACCACAGGUUAAAUGGUCCUACACCUACACGAGGCCCGGUUAUGCUAGAAAACAGCAUCAUUCUGUCCCAAAGGAUUGGUGGACAGAGGACGUGUCAGAUCUUGGUAUAGAUCUUUUCCGGUGCAUAAUAAUGGCAAUCAGAUCAACAUAUGUGUUGCCACACCAGCUUAUUGGUGAAGCAUUGCACGUCUAUGCUUGCAAGUGGCUACCUGGCCUCACAAAUAUUAGAAGUUCAGGAAGUUCACUAGCACAGACCGAAGAAUCAAAAGCGAAAAACCAAAAAAUUCUUGAGACAAUUGUAAGCAUGAUUCCUGCAGAUAAAGGAUCGGUUUCAGUUGGCUUCUUGUUGAAACUUCUCAGCAUUUCGAGUCAUCUUGGCAUCUCGCCAACGACGAAAACAGAACUGAUAAAAAGAGCCAGCAUACAGUUUGAGGAAGCAACGGUGAGCGACUUGCUCUAUCAUUCGACCUCUUCUUCGGACCAGAAUUUCUAUGACACAGAAUUAGUCCUAGCAGUUCUUGAGAGUUUCUUCAAGUUUUGGAAGAGCAAGCCCCCUAGUGUAGUUGAUAACAGACAAUUCUUGAAAUCGGUCAGAAAUGUUGGGAAGCUCAUUGAUUCCUAUCUUCAAGUGGUUGCAAGGGAUAAUAACAUGCCAGUAUCAAAGUUUGUAGCUCUUGCUGAAGCCGUGCCGGCUAUUGGCCGAUCAGAGCAUGAUGAUCUUUACCAGGCAAUCAACAUCUAUCUUAAGGUGCAUCCUGAUCUUGGCAAGGCAGAGAAGAGGCGCUUGUGCCGGAUUCUACAAUGCCAAAGACUGUCUCCAGAGGCGCGAGCGCACGCAGUUAAGAACGAGCUUCUGCCACUAAGAACAGUGGUUCAGCUUGUCUACUUUGAACAAGAGAAAGGCUCUAACAAUAAUAAGGCAACAACAACCACAACCAUCAAUCAUCACAAGCUACAAAAAUCACAUCAUGAUUUACUUCAAGGAGCAGCAGCGAAGCGGCCGGCUGCUAAAGUCGCGUACGACACACAAUCUUUAGGCAUAAACAAAGAGGAACUCAUGAGAAGAAUGUCUCAUGCCGAGAGCAGAGAAAAGGUUCAAAACAGAAGUAAAAUAUCAGAUGGUAAAUUGGCAUUGGAGAUUGAAAAGAAGAUGGUUAUAGGAGGAGGAACAAAAGAAGAAUGUACAUCAGGGUGCAAGUUGGAAUUGGUUUCAAAGAAAAGCAUGAGAAAGGUAAGGAGUAAUAAAUCAGAACAUGGCCAUGGAAAUGGAAAAUAGAAAAGUGGUAAUCAUAAUAAUAAAUCCUUUGAAGAACUCAGAUAAAAACUCAUCUCAACCUUCCAAUAUGUUCAAUUUGUAAAACUUACCUCAAUUCUUAUUAUUUCAUUUUGUGUCAUAAAAGAAAUGUAAGAAGUGUAUGAUCCUUUGCACUUUCUAUCUCUUAUAUUAAUGUUUAUUAUUCCAA